CGCCAAGUCAUAUAUAUUCACUUCUUGAUGCUCCCGAUUUGUGCAGCUCACCAAACCGCCUACAAUCUCAUGUAUGUACAAUGUACAUGUAGAUGUAUUUGUCGUUACCUUCAUUAUUUAAUUACAGGAACGGACGCCAUUGCAAUUUAUCAAAUCCUCCUGCAAGGCAACAUCCAGCAUUCCAACAUCCGCACAACCUGCCAGCUACGUCUUGCAUCGCAGCUGAAUUCAUGAUCAAUUUCAUGCUGACUUUCCUUGAUCCAUGCGCUGUGGAAUAGUUAACUGCCUAAUGACUACUAGAAUAAAAAGAUUGCUAGUUAGAGGCGUGAACCUGAGGAUGGUGUGGCCACUACGACAAUGUAAAAAAGCAUGUCCUCAGUCAGUGAACUUAUAUAUAGUUAUCAACUAUUUCACUCUUUCACUUCUUUAACCCGCUCUUCCAUACAUAUCUCUCUCUCAGUUUCCCUUCCUUCUGUUCCAGUUUGGAGAUAUCUAUCUGCUUCUCGUGGGAGCGGAGUCCUUCGAACUUUCUCAAGCAUGAUACAAAUUAAACACAUGCUUUUACUUGUUAUUUUCCUAUAUAAACUGCGCUUCUCCUAUUCUUAUAGGACACGCAGUAAUAAUUGUGAAUAUCCUGGACAAAAAAACGUUCUCUACAGGCGAAUUGAACAAGGAAGUAUGAGUCAAUUGGUAAGGGUCGCACAGAACAGAUUGAGAGAUCUUAAUACGCUUCUAGACACUUGGUACGGCCACGACGAUCUAAUUCCGGGCGUUGAGCGGUCCACCCAAUACACAUACGAGGCACUCUUUGGAACAGUUUAUGUGGGAAAUACGGGCGCUGAAUAUUUUUUUCAGAAUUUGGCAAUGCGCUACAGGUUUGACUAUGUACGAAGAAGGCUGGACAAGCUUCAAGAAAUUAUCAUGGGGGACGAACCUCUACAAAUAUACUGUUCCGAUGACUUCAUUACAACAACUUUCCCCCCUCAAUAUAGCGAUAUUCACUACCCGCCGGGCACCUACUGGGACAGCCGUAAGGCUGUAAGUGGUGGGUCGGUCCCUAUUUUUCUGCCUUCAUAUGCGAAAUGCAGUCAAGAUCCACUGGCCGGCAGCAGAGCGUUUAUGAGCGAGAUACAUCGAUCACAUGUAUCAGCCGGCACUAUGAUCCUAUGUCCCCAGAACUUCAUAGAGCCUGAUACCACGCCGGAUAUGCUGCGCAUGAGGCGGCUGUCGGAGCUUCGACGCGUGUCAUUCUAUGAUAGAGAUGAACCCUUCCAUCUAGAGCGCAUUACGUAUCGAAAUGUCAUUUUCAUAUUCCUUUGCCUGCUAGGCCAGCUUCCAAUGUCAGGGAAUGAACCGAUGGAUCCCUUUAAGCACCCACCUGUUGCUGGCCGCGAUGUUAGCGGUUGGGAAGCCGCCACGAUGACCGCGCUAACUCAUCCGGACAAAGCAUUCAGGGAUGCUAACUCCCGUGUCCCCCCGAUCAAUAACGCCCACCAAAACCAAAACACACAACCAAACCCCCCCCCCAAAUAUCCUGAGACUAUCGACACUAUCUACACCUUCUACCGCCCCCAAAAUCACCACCCAAAACUCCCUCCAGCCAUCAUCAUCCUUCGCCAGCUUCUGGUCCGCCCUGCGUUACCUUUGAGUCCGCAAUACUCAUCGCUGUCCUCAUCCUCAUUGUCAUCCUCAUUGUCACCCGUUGGUUGA